CCCGGCCCUACCCGUGCGCUAGCGUCUGGCCUCUGGCAGAGGCCUUGGAGGGUGGGCGUUUGAGCAGCUUGUCUGAGUUUUGAGUCGGACCAGUAAUCAUUUUUCCCUGGGGGCGCGUUGCUGGUUGCCGCAGCCUUGCCGGUGCGUGGUGCCGUUUGAGCCGCUCUAGAGUGCGGUGAGCUGGAGCGGGCCGGUACUGCCCCGCUUUUGUGUUUUCUAACAUUCCCACCUCUCACCUCUGUUGCAGCCUCGAACAAAAUCAAGGCUAAGGGACUGGGCCCAAGGACGGCGAGCGGUGGUCGCCUUUCGAAGCCGGGUCUUGCAGUGCUGCUUAUGGAUUAACCAGACUGCCUGAAUGGUUUAAGGGUUCACAGGGUACGUUUGAUUCAGAUGCUUCUGGAACGUCGAAAUUAUCUUCUUUGGAAAGAACCAUCCCCUCUUUGGGCUUCAGGGGCCCAGAUUGAGGCGCAAUGAUGAGAGGAUGUGGUGGUCCACUCUGAUGUCAAUCUUGAGGGCUAGUUCUUUUUGGAGGUGGAUAUCUGCUCAGACAAUAAGAAUUUUAAGAGCUCUGAGAGAUCAUUUUGAAGGAAUAAUGGAUGAACCUUCUUCCUUGGCCAAACCUGUGGAGCUCAACCAGCACUCCCGAUUCAUAAUUGGUUCCGUGUCUGAAGAUAACUCAGAGGAUGAGAUUAGCAACCUGGUGAAGCUGGACCUACUGGAGGAGAAGGAGGGCUCUCUGUCACCAGCCUCUGUCUGCUCAGAUACGCUCUCUGACUUGGGGAUCUCUAGCCUACAGGAUGGCUUGGCCUUACACAUGAGGUCCAGCAUGUCUGGUUUGCACCUAGUAAAGCAAGGUCGAGACCGAAAGAAAAUAGACUCACAGCGAGAUUUCACCGUAGCUUCUCCAGCAGAAUUUGUUACUCGUUUUGGUGGGAAUAAAGUGAUUGAGAAGGUUCUCAUUGCCAACAAUGGCAUUGCAGCAGUGAAAUGCAUGCGGUCUAUCCGCCGGUGGUCUUAUGAGAUGUUUCGAAAUGAACGUGCAAUCCGAUUUGUUGUCAUGGUCACACCUGAAGACCUGAAAGCCAAUGCAGAAUACAUUAAGAUGGCAGAUCAUUAUGUGCCAGUGCCAGGAGGACCAAACAACAACAACUAUGCAAAUGUGGAAUUAAUUCUUGAUAUUGCUAAAAGGAUCCCAGUACAAGCAGUUUGGGCUGGCUGGGGUCAUGCUUCUGAGAAUCCCAAGCUCCCAGAACUUCUUUUGAAAAAUGGCAUCGCCUUCAUGGGUCCUCCAAGUCAGGCCAUGUGGGCUUUGGGGGAUAAGAUUGCAUCUUCCAUAGUGGCUCAAACUGCAGGUAUCCCAACUCUUCCAUGGAGUGGCAGUGGUCUUUGUGUGGACUGGCACGAAAAUGAUUUUUCAAAACGUAUCUUAAAUGUUCCUCAGGAACUAUAUGAAAAAGGUUGUGUGAAGGAUGUGGAUGACGGGCUGAAGGCAGCGGAGGAAGUUGGAUAUCCAGUAAUGAUCAAGGCCUCAGAAGGAGGAGGAGGGAAGGGAAUCAGAAAAGUCAACAAUGCAGAUGACUUCCCUAACCUCUUCAGACAGGUUCAAGCUGAAGUCCCUGGAUCUCCUAUCUUUGUGAUGAGACUAGCCAAACAAUCUCGUCAUCUGGAGGUGCAGAUCUUAGCAGAUCAGUAUGGCAACGCUAUCUCUUUGUUUGGUCGUGACUGCUCUGUACAGCGCAGACAUCAGAAGAUUAUUGAAGAGGCACCUACUGCUAUUGCUACUCCAGCAGUAUUUGAGCAUAUGGAACAGUGUGCGGUGAAACUUGCCAAAAUGGUUGGUUAUGUGAGUGCUGGGACUGUGGAAUACCUCUACAGCCAGGAUGGCAGCUUCUACUUUCUGGAACUGAACCCUCGGCUACAGGUGGAGCACCCUUGUACAGAGAUGGUGGCCGAUGUCAACCUCCCUGCGGCACAGCUCCAGAUUGCCAUGGGGAUCCCUUUGUACAGAAUCAAGGAUAUCCGUAUGAUGUAUGGGGUAUCUCCCUGGGGUGAUGCUCCCAUUGAUUUUGAAAAUUCUACUCAUGUUCCUUGCCCAAGGGGCCACGUUAUUGCUGCUCGGAUCACUAGUGAAAAUCCAGAUGAGGGUUUUAAGCCCAGCUCAGGAACAGUUCAGGAACUGAAUUUCCGCAGCAAUAAGAACGUUUGGGGCUAUUUCAGUGUUGCUGCUGCAGGGGGACUUCAUGAAUUUGCUGAUUCUCAGUUCGGUCACUGCUUUUCCUGGGGAGAAAAUCGAGAGGAAGCAAUUUCAAAUAUGGUGGUGGCUUUGAAGGAACUAUCUAUCCGGGGCGACUUUCGAACUACAGUCGAAUACCUGAUCAAAUUGUUGGAGACUGAAAGCUUUCAGAUGAAUAGAAUUGACACUGGCUGGCUGGACAGACUGAUAGCAGAAAAAGUACAGGCAGAGCGACCUGACACCAUGUUGGGAGUUGUGUGUGGGGCUCUCCACGUGGCAGAUGUGAGCCUGCGGAAUAGCAUCUCCAACUUCCUUCACUCCUUAGAGAGGGGUCAAGUCCUUUCUGCUCAUACACUUCUGAAUACAGUAGAUGUUGAACUUAUCUAUGAGGGAGUCAAGUAUGUACUGAAGGUGACUCGACAGUCCCCGAACUCCUACGUGGUGAUCAUGAAUGGCUCGUGUGUGGAAGUAGAUGUGCAUCGGCUGAGUGAUGGAGGACUGCUCUUGUCCUAUGAUGGCAGCAGUUAUACCACGUACAUGAAGGAGGAGGUGGAUAGGUAUCGCAUCACGAUUGGCAACAAAACCUGUGUGUUUGAGAAGGAAAAUGACCCUUCGGUGAUGCGCUCACCUUCUGCUGGGAAGUUAAUCCAGUACAUUGUGGAGGAUGGAGGCCAUGUGUUCGCUGGCCAGUGCUAUGCUGAGAUCGAGGUCAUGAAGAUGGUAAUGACCUUAACAGCUGCAGAGUCUGGCUGUAUCCAUUAUGUCAAGCGGCCUGGAGCAGCUCUUGACCCGGGCUGUGUAAUAGCCAAAAUGCAGCUGGACAACCCCAGCAAGGUCCAGCAGGCUGAGCUUCACACAGGCAGUCUGCCACGGAUCCAGAGCACAGCACUCAGAGGCGAGAAGCUCCAUCGAGUAUUCCACUAUGUCCUGGAUAAUUUGGUCAACGUGAUGAAUGGAUACUGCCUUCCAGAUCCUUUCUUUAGCAGCAGGGUAAAAGACUGGGUUGAACGGUUGAUGAAGACCCUCAGAGAUCCCUCCUUGCCUCUCCUAGAACUGCAAGAUAUCAUGACCAGUGUCUCUGGUCGUAUCCCCCCCAAUGUAGAGAAGUCUAUCAAGAAGGAAAUGGCUCAGUAUGCUAGCAACAUCACAUCAGUCCUCUGUCAGUUUCCCAGCCAGCAGAUUGCCAACAUCCUAGAUAGCCACGCAGCUACAUUGAACCGGAAAUCUGAACGGGAAGUCUUCUUCAUGAACACUCAGAGCAUUGUCCAGCUGGUGCAGAGGUACCGCAGUGGUAUCCGAGGCCACAUGAAGGCUGUGGUGAUGGACCUGCUGCGGCAGUACCUGCGAGUAGAGACGCAAUUCCAGAAUGGUCACUAUGACAAAUGCGUGUUCGCCCUUCGGGAGGAGAACAAGAGUGACAUGAACGCUGUACUGAACUACAUCUUCUCUCAUGCUCAGGUCACCAAGAAGAAUCUUCUGGUCACAAUGCUUAUUGAUCAGUUGUGUGGCCGGGACCCCACUCUCACUGACGAGCUGCUGAAUAUCCUCACGGAGCUAACUCAACUCAGUAAGACCACCAAUGCUAAGGUGGCGCUCCGAGCACGCCAGGUUCUUAUUGCCUCCCAUUUGCCAUCAUAUGAGCUUCGCCAUAACCAAGUAGAGUCUAUCUUCCUAUCAGCUAUUGACAUGUAUGGACAUCAGUUUUGCAUUGAGAACCUGCAGAAACUCAUCUUGUCCGAAACGUCAAUUUUCGAUGUCCUACCAAACUUCUUCUAUCACAGCAACCAGGUCGUGAGGAUGGCAGCUCUGGAGGUGUAUGUUCGAAGGGCUUAUAUUGCCUAUGAACUUAACAGUGUACAACACCGCCAGCUUAAGGACAACACCUGUGUGGUGGAAUUCCAGUUCAUGCUGCCCACAUCUCAUCCAAACAGGGGGAACAUCCCCACGCUAAACAGAAUGUCCUUCUCCUCCAACCUCAACCACUAUGGCAUGACUCAUGUAGCUAGUGUCAGCGACGUGCUGCUGGACAACUCAUUCACUCCACCGUGUCAGCGGAUGGGCGGAAUGGUCUCUUUUCGGACUUUUGAAGAUUUUGUCAGGAUCUUUGAUGAAGUGAUGGGCUGCUUCUGUGAUUCGCCACCCCAAAGCCCCACGUUCCCUGAGGCAGGUCACACAUCUCUAUAUGAUGAAGACAAGAUCCCCAGGGAUGAACCAAUUCACAUUCUGAAUGUGGCUAUCAAAACUGACUGUGAUAUCGAGGAUGACAGGCUAGCAGCUAUGUUCCGAGAGUUUACCCAGCAAAAUAAAGCUACCCUGGUUGAGCAUGGGAUCCGGCGCCUUACUUUCCUGGUUGCACAAAAGGAUUUCAGAAAACAGGUCAACUAUGAGGUGGAUCAGAGAUUUCAUAGAGAAUUCCCUAAGUUUUUCACAUUCCGAGCAAGGGAUAAGUUUGAGGAAGAUCGAAUCUACCGUCACCUGGAGCCUGCCCUAGCUUUCCAGUUAGAGCUGAACCGGAUGAGAAAUUUUGACCUUACUGCCAUCCCAUGUGCUAAUCACAAGAUGCACCUGUACCUUGGAGCAGCCAAGGUGGAAGUGGGCACAGAAGUGACAGACUACAGGUUCUUUGUCCGUGCAAUCAUCAGACAUUCUGAUCUGGUAACCAAGGAAGCUUCCUUUGAAUAUCUACAAAAUGAAGGGGAGCGGCUGCUCCUAGAAGCCAUGGAUGAGUUGGAGGUCGCUUUUAAUAAUACAAAUGUCCGGACUGACUGCAACCACAUCUUCCUCAACUUUGUGCCUACAGUUAUCAUGGACCCUUCAAAGAUUGAGGAGUCUGUGCGGAGCAUGGUAAUGCGCUAUGGAAGUCGGCUGUGGAAGUUACGUGUCCUCCAGGCAGAACUGAAAAUCAACAUUCGCCUGACACCAACUGGAAAAGCAAUUCCCAUCCGCCUCUUCCUGACAAACGAGUCUGGCUAUUACUUGGACAUCAGCCUGUACAAGGAAGUGACUGACUCCAGGACCGCACAGAUCAUGUUUCAGGCAUAUGGAGACAAACAGGGACCAUUACAUGGAAUGUUAAUCAACACUCCAUAUGUGACCAAAGACCUGCUUCAAUCAAAGAGGUUCCAGGCACAGUCCUUGGGGACAACAUACAUAUAUGAUAUCCCAGAGAUGUUUCGGCAGUCCCUGAUCAAACUCUGGGAGUCUAUGUCCACUCAAGCAUUCCUUCCAUCACCCCCCCUGCCUUCAGACAUGCUGACGUACACUGAGCUUGUGUUGGAUGAUCAAGGUCAACUGGUCCACAUGAACAGGCUUCCAGGAGGAAAUGAGAUUGGCAUGGUAGCUUGGAAAAUGACCCUUAAAAGUCCAGAAUAUCCAGAAGGCCGAGAUAUCAUUGUUAUUGGCAAUGAUAUCACAUACCGAAUUGGGUCCUUUGGACCCCAGGAGGAUUUGCUGUUUCUCAGAGCUUCUGAGCUUGCCAGGGCAGAGGGCAUCCCACGCAUCUAUGUAGCAGCCAACAGUGGAGCAAGAAUUGGACUGGCAGAGGAAAUUCGUCAUAUGUUUCACGUAGCCUGGGUAGAUCCUGAGGAUCCUUACAAGGGAUACAAAUAUUUAUAUCUGACCCCUCAAGAUUAUAAGAGAGUCAGUGCUCUCAACUCUGUCCAUUGCGAACACGUGGAGGAUGAAGGAGAAUCCAGGUACAAGAUAACCGAUAUUAUUGGGAAGGAAGAGGGACUUGGAGCAGAGAACCUUCGAGGUUCUGGAAUGAUUGCUGGAGAAUCCUCGUUGGCCUAUGAUGAGAUCAUCACCAUUAGCCUGGUUACAUGCCGGGCCAUUGGGAUUGGGGCUUACCUUGUCCGACUGGGACAGAGAACCAUCCAGGUUGAAAAUUCUCACUUAAUUCUGACAGGAGCUGGGGCCCUCAACAAAGUCCUCGGAAGGGAAGUAUACACCUCGAAUAACCAGCUCGGGGGCAUCCAGAUCAUGCACAACAAUGGGGUGACCCACAGCACUGUCUGUGAUGACUUUGAAGGGGUGUUCACUGUCCUGCACUGGCUGUCCUACAUGCCGAAGAGUGUACACAGUUCAGUUCCUCUCCUGAAUUCCAAGGAUCCUAUAGAUAGAGUCAUCGAGUUUAUUCCCACAAAGGCUCCAUAUGAUCCUCGCUGGAUGCUGGCAGGCCGUCCCCACCCAACCCAGAAAGGUCAGUGGUUGAGUGGAUUUUUUGACUAUGGCUCUUUCUCAGAGAUCAUGCAGCCCUGGGCACAGACUGUGGCAGUUGGCAGAGCCAGGCUAGGAGGAAUACCCGUGGGAGUAGUUGCCGUGGAAACCCGAACCGUGGAACUAAGUAUCCCAGCUGAUCCUGCAAACCUGGAUUCUGAAGCCAAGAUAAUCCAGCAGGCUGGCCAGGUUUGGUUCCCAGAUUCUGCGUUUAAGACCUAUCAGGCUAUCAAGGACUUCAACCGUGAAGGGCUGCCUCUGAUGGUCUUUGCCAACUGGAGAGGCUUCUCUGGUGGGAUGAAAGAUAUGUACGACCAAGUGCUGAAGUUUGGCGCUUACAUCGUGGAUGGCUUACGGGAGUGCUCGCAGCCUGUGAUGGUUUACAUUCCUCCACAGGCCGAGCUCCGGGGUGGCUCCUGGGUCGUGAUUGACCCCACCAUCAACCCGCGGCACAUGGAGAUGUAUGCUGACCGAGAAAGCAGGGGAUCAGUUCUGGAGCCAGAAGGGACAGUAGAAAUCAAAUUCCGCAGAAAGGAUCUGGUGAAAACCAUGCGUCGGGUGGACCCCGUCUACAUCCACUUGGCUGAGCGAUUGGGCACCCCCGAGCUAAGCGCGGCUGAGCGGAAGGAGCUGGAGAGCAAGCUGAAGGAGCGGGAGGACUUUCUCCUUCCCAUUUACCGCCAGGUGGCCGUGCAGUUUGCUGACUUGCACGACACACCGGGCCGGAUGCAGGAGAAGGGUGUUAUCAACGACAUCCUGGAUUGGAAGACAUCCCGUACCUUCUUCUACUGGAGGCUGAGGCGUCUCUUGCUGGAGGAUCUGGUCAAGAAGAAAAUCCACAACGCCAACCCCGAGCUGACCGACGGCCAGAUCCAGGCCAUGUUAAGGCGCUGGUUUGUGGAAGUGGAAGGGACAGUGAAGGCCUAUGUUUGGGACAACAACAAGGAUCUGGUGGAAUGGCUGGAGAAGCAGCUGGCAGAGGAAGAUGGCGCUCGCUCGGUGAUAGAGGAGAACAUCAAGUACAUCAGCAGAGACUACGUCCUCAAGCAGAUCCGCAGCUUGGUACAGGCCAAUCCAGAGGUUGCCAUGGAUUCCAUCGUCCACAUGACCCAGCACAUCUCGCCCACUCAGCGAGCAGAAGUCGUUCGGAUCCUCUCCACAAUGGACUCCCCGUCAACGUAGGAAGAGCUUCCUGCCCACCCCUGCCCUGCCUCCGGAGAAAAGGGCUAGAGCUGCCUUUUACACCUGAAGCCGCUGUAAUUAGAAGGCACACGAGACCAGCACUGGAAUCAAAGUGGCAUUUUGCUUCCCCUCGAUGUUUUCAGGUUACGCAUGACAUACUGGGACGUAGGUCACAAGCCCCCACUCCAGCCCACCGGUCACACCUACCCCGUUCAGUAUUUAUUAUUAAUUACCCUGGCUGUGACGGCAGUCCUCGCUCCCCGCCCAGGACCUAAGAAGGCAAUGACGGGUACAAGCACCUACCAAGAGGUCUUACUACAUGCCAGCAGGGCCACCCUCCUGUCCUGACUGCCCCUUGGUCCGGCCCCGGGAAGUGGGAGCUGUUGCCAGGCAGUCAGCAGCCCGCGCUUGCCCCUGGCCCCAUGAGCCUGCAGCCACCGGCAGCAGAGGAGGGCU